CUACAGCUCCCAUGAUACGCUCGUGCCUAGCUUUAUCUGCUGUUGAUGGCGUCGAUCUCAGGGCUAAGGACAAGUUGCGUUCUGGCCGACAGAUAAACAGUUAGUCUGACGGUUUUGCUGUUAGCUGGCCCCGAGUGACACCGCCAUGGAGGUGGAGAGUGUCAGCGCGGAGGAACAGAAACGUCUGACCCAGAAACGGUUCGAAGCCGCGGUUAAAGUCAUCAAGAGUUUGCCCCCGAACGGUCCCUUUCAGCCCUCGAACGACAUGAUGCUCAAGUUCUACAGCUACUACAAGCAGGCCACCAUCGGACCCUGUAAUAUACCACGACCCGGCUUCUGGGAUGUGGUUGGCAAAGCUAAAUGGGAUGCCUGGAAUUCCCUCGGAGAAAUGUCUGAAGAAGAGGCGAUGUCUGCUUAUGUCGACCAAAUGAAGCUGAUCCUGGAGGGCAUGCCCAUGACCGACGAGGUGGAGGAGCUGCUGCGCGUCCUUGGCCCUUUCUACGAGCUCAUCGACGAGAAGAAGAAAAUCACGCAGAUAUCGGAUCUGAGCUCAGCCCGUUUAACAAAGUUUGCUAGGCAACUGGAAGGGUUUGGAACCAUGCUGGAGUCGAUGGAAACGAGGAGCGUGGCAAAAAGCAUCAUCAGAAACAUGGAGAUGAACGGCACUCUGGAGACUCGGCCGGCCAGGCUCAGACAAAACGAAGACCUGGAACAGGAGGAGGAGGAUGAGGCAGAUGAGGAUGAAGAGGAGGAGGAAAAGGAAGAGAUCACUGAGAUCAGAAAAGCAACGCAGCCCAAGAAGAAGAGUUCAACCAGGAGACACAAAGUGUCCCUCCAGAACGGCAAGCUGUCCAACGGCAGCUCCCAUUUGACCAAUGGGAGUCAUCCCAGAGCCGAGGAGAACCCCCCUCCGCUGCUCAACGGACACCACGCAGAAACAAGAACCAAUCUGGUGACCAGCGACUCAGACAGUGAAGUCUACUGCGAUUCUGUGGACCAGUUCGGCCAAGAAGAGAACUCUGAGCACAACCGCUCUCUGGAUGACCUGGAAGAAGAGGAGAGCCGCGUCCGGCUCGCCGAAGAGGACGUCCAGGAUCCUCCGCAGGCCGUCAGGUGUGGAGGCGAGGAGGGGGAGACGGGCGGGACGGCGUCGCAGAGACAGAGGCUGAACGUGGAGACGACGGGCCGCUCCGUGGUCCGAAGGGCAAGAGGUUCUCGGUCCCCCGGCGUCGGUCCGGGAUCCCAGGGGCUCGCGCACGGCAGCGGAGACGGAGACGGGGAGCGCUGGGGAGGUGCGCUGACCCCCGCACCGAGCCUGAACGAGCAGAUCGUGGUGGCGCUGGCCCGACUGCAGGACGACAUGCAGAGUGUUCUGGAGAGACUCAGAACCUUGGAGGCUCUAACCGCCAACCAGGCUCGAUCGGUGGCUCUGUCUCCUUAUGGGUCGCCUGCGGUCAACAAGAGGAAUCGGAACCCGUCCUGGUGGCCUUUUGACAUUUCCCCAACCAGCCUGGCCUUCGCCAUCAUCUGGCCCUUCGUGGUUCAGUGGUUCAUCCGUCUCUACUUCCAGAGAAGGAGGAGACGCAUCAACUGAUCCGGCGUACGGCACCAGAUCCCUGCGCUGUCCUCAGCUCAGUUGGGGCUGACAGCUUCUCUCGUCCUAAUUAAAAACUCCCAGCCAGUAAUUUGCUUUUGCACUUGGAAAGAAGGAGCGUCGGAGCCGAGGCGCUGGAGGAGUCUCGAAAUCCGGAGCGAGCUGCACUGCGGAUGUGAAACAUGAAUAUACGGGGCCUGUGAUUUAGUCGUGAAACUACUAGGAUGUGUGUUUGGGCGCCGUGUGUGCGGGUGCAGACCAACUACAGUAGCUUCUCCAAUAUUUUCCCUAACUUAGGCUUUGUUGCACAAAGUUUUCAUGAUUUCAUUAGUUGCCCAGGUGAUGCUGCUGCAAUAUUACAACGUGAUUAAAUAACUGUAGAAUACUUAUACCGAAUGUAAAAAAAUCGUCCUGAGAUGUAAGAGUCUUUCCAGGUAAUAUUUAUUCCGUUUAAUGAGUUGCAAUAGACGAGAUUUUAUCCGUACGAGUUUGUUUGUAAACUGUCCUGCUUCAUAUCAGAGCGUGCUUUACGUCGGGGUGGUCCAAGUUUUUCCGCUUAACCCAGAAAAAAAAAAAAAGUGCCUCAUCAUCAUGUAGAUGGCAUUCGUCAGUGGUUAUAGCAUAGCUCUUCCAGGUCUGGACCAAAUUAGCAUAAAAGAUGAGAAUCUUCCACUUUCUGAUCACUUAAAAAAAAAUAAAAAUACAACAUCCUUGCAUCAUCUUAAUGGUUUUAUUUAAUUCUUCUUUUUAAAGGUUUGGAGCAGAUCCUCACCUGUUUGCAAAGCAGUGACUUCUGUACAAAUUAUAUACAGUAGCUGUACAGUUUGGACUCUAAUGCAAUAUUUUAAUUGCAUCCGUGUAUUAAUUGUAGAUUAAUAUGUAAUAUUUACAAAGAUUGGCGUACUAAUUAAAGCUGAUCUGUUCAGAGCAAAAUAUGUUUUAAUAACGUGAAGGAAUGGUUUACCUUUCUAUUAAAAUGUACUGAAAAGCUUUCUCACUCUUUCUGGCCAGGGUGGGAGGGUGUAUGCAUGUGAUAAUCGCAGCCUGAAAUAAAAGUUUUGAGCGAGCA